AUGAUUGAUAUCAUCACUGACGAUGACUUUGGCAAUGAUGACGAACUGCUAGUGAUUACUGCAAAACCAUUGAUAUAUAACACUCGGUCUAAACUGUGCAUCAAUUUGGCCGACAAAAUGGACACAAAAGAGAUUCACUCAACAACUAAACACUCAUUUGUUUGCAAUUACGAUAAGUGCGACAAGUCUUUCAAACGCAAACAUGAUUUGAUUAGACAUAAGAAUUCUGUUCACAGUUUUGAUCGGCCAUUUGUCUGCAAUUACGACGAUUGCAAUAAAUCGUUUAAAUUGAAAAAAAGUUUAGUUUAUCACCAGAAAUGGAUGCAUUUGUCUGUUCAACAAUUAGACUGCAAUUAUGAUAACUUAAUUGCUAUAAUAUGGAUGAAAAGUUUAAUUACGAAACCCAAAUACAACAUACUUGUGCGCAAGAUUAUCAAUACCCAAAGUGAAUUGAAACUAACCAAACAAACAACAUCAAAACUGACCGACCGGAUCAACUGCCGGCACUGUCGACAAUCGAUAGUAAUAUUUAUACACUCGGCAGCGGUUAGCAGUGGUCAAUAUUAUGAUAAUCGUCAAACACUACGCCAUACAUGGGUCGAUAAGGCCAAACAAGAGGGUAUUUGUGUAUAUUUUGUGUUGGGUAUGAGUGACCAAUUGCUGGUCAAUCAGCAAUUAGCUGCCGAAGCCAACCGUAACCGAGAUAUACUACAGUUUUUGUUUGUCGACAACUAUUUCAAUGGUACACUCAAAACCAUUGCAUUGAUUAGAUGGGCUAAUAAAAUGUGUUCACCGACAGUGCGCCGACACGUAUUGAAAGUAGACGACGACACUGUAAUCAAUGUUAGACUAUUGUUAAAUAAUUUACAUCAAUUUAAACAAGGUAUUAAUGGAUACUUACAGUUCAAGUCGCGGAUCAAUCGCGACCAAUACCAUAGACACUAUAUGCCCUAUAAGUAUAUCAGUGGUGAAUAUUAUCCAAAUUUUACAACAGGUGGGGGAUAUCUGAUGAAAGACUGUACCGAUAGACUGGAACACCAGUUAGACAUAUAUACCGGUCCUGUACUCGAUCACGAAGACCUGUUUAUUACCGGUAUAUUGUCAGCCCAAACGGCUGGCAUCGACCGCUUUAACAGUCAACUGAUCCAUUGGACCGAUCAGUGUUCAGAUGUCUGUGUCUACUAUGACUAUCCUAUUGUGUUUGAGUGCACCGAUAGUCAAAUAACCGACUGGUGGUCACAUAUUCAGACAAAAUCAAUGAAUAAUUGUAAUUAA